AUGCUCCGCCGCCAAGCCCGCGAACGCCGGGAAUAUGUCUUCAAGAAGAGUCACGAAUCCACCGAACGCGCAAUCUACGAGCGCAAGCAAGCGAUCAAGGAUGCGCUCGCAUCUGGCCGCUCCCUCCCUACAGAACUGAGGAACGAGGCCCGCAGCAUCGGCAAGGACCUAGUGCUGGACGAGGCGCAAUCCGACCCAAAGAGUCACAUUGACGACGAGUACGCAAAGGUCGGCACCUACGAUCCCAAGGUGGUGGUCACGACAUCGCGCGACCCCAGCUCCAGGCUUACCCAGUUCGCCAAGGAGAUGCGGCUUGUGUUUCCUAAUGCGGUGCGCCUGAAUCGCGGAAACACGGUUAUGAAGGAUCUCGUGCAGACUUGUCUUGCCCAGGGAAUUACGGAUCUUGUGCUCGUUCACGAACACCGCGGCGUACCCGACGCUAUGGUUAUUAGCCACCUGCCACACGGGCCUACACUUAGUAUGACCCUUCACAACGUUACGCUCCGCCACGAUGUCGCUUCGUCCGACUCCACCGUAUCUGAGCAGUACCCCCACCUCAUCUUUGAUGGUUUCGGCACCAAGCUCGGCGAGCGUGUCGCAGGUAUCCUCAAGGCCCUGUUCCCCGUGCCCAAGGACGACGCCAAGCGUGUCAUGACGUUUGCCAAUGACCGUGACUUCAUCUCGUUCCGCCACCACGUGUUUGCCAAGACGAGCCACAAGGACGUCCAACUUGCCGAGGUUGGACCGCGCUUCGAGGCCAAGCCAUACGAGAUCCGCCAGGGUACUGUCGACCAGACUGCAGCCGACGUCGAAUGGCUCCUUCGGCCCUACAUGCGCACCUCCAAGAAGCGCAACCAGCUCUAG